GUAAUCCCCCUCAGCAGAUAUGGCACAGCAGCGACAACGCUCGAUGUCGGGGACGAUCCCCUCGAUGGAGUCUGACCAUCAGGCACUUAGGGACAACACCGUCAUUAUCGUGCUCGGUGCAUCCGGAGAUCUCGCAAAGAAGAAGACAUACCCAGCUCUCUUUGGCCUCUUCCGGAUGGGCUUCUUGCCCAAGGGUGUAAAGAUUGUUGGGUACGCGCGUACCAAGAUGGACAAUGCCGAGUAUCUCAAGCGCAUCACAUCCUACAUCAAAAACGUCGACGAUGACGAGGGAAAGGCGAAGCUCGAGGAGUUCAAGCAGCUUAGCACCUACGUCAGCGGCGGGUACGAGGACGGCGAGUCUUUUGACAAGCUUAAUCAGUACCUCCAGGAGAUCGAAAGCGGAUAUCAGAGUAAGGAGCGUAACCGGCUGUUCUACCUCGCCCUUCCUCCCAGUGUUUUCAUUCCCGUCGCCAAGAACCUGAAGCAACACUGUUACUCUGACACAAAGGGUAGCAUCAAUCGUGUCAUCGUCGAGAAGCCUUUCGGAAAGGACCUCGAGUCCUGCCGUGAGCUUCUGCGCUCGAUCAAAGAGCACUGGACCGAAGAUGAGACUUUCCGUAUCGACCACUAUCUCGGCAAGGAGAUGGUCAAGAACCUGCUUGUCCUGCGUUUCGCCAACGUCGCGAUGAACGCGGCCUGGGACAAGAACUCAAUCAGCAAUGUGCAGAUCACGUUCAAAGAGCCAUUCGGCACCGAAGGUCGCGGCGGAUACUUUGACGAGUUCGGUAUCAUUCGUGACAUUCUCCAGAACCACCUGCUGCAGGUGCUCUCCAUCUUGGCCAUGGAGCGCCCUGUCUCAUUCUCUGCAGAGGACAUUCGUGAUGAGAAGGUCAAGGUUCUCAGGGCGAUCCCUCCGGUUGAACGCGAGGACACUCUGCUUGGCCAAUACGUCGCCGCGAACGGGAAACCCGGUUACCUCGAUGACGAUACCGUCCCACCCAACUCGGUCUGCCCGACAUUUACCGCGACCACGCUCUGGAUCCACAACCCACGAUGGGAGGGAGUUCCGUUCAUCCUGAAGGCAGGAAAAGCUUUGAACGAGGCGAAGGUGGAGAUCCGCAUCCAGUUCAAGGAUGUCACCCAGGGCAUCUUCAAGGAUAUAUCCCGGAACGAACUCGUCAUCCGCAUUCAGCCCGCGGAGGCGGUGUACCUCAAGCUCAACGCGAAGACCCCAGGCCUCUACACCCGCGCAUUCCCGACCGAGAUGGACCUCACGUAUAAGCGGCGGUUCCUGGACGCACACAUCCCCGAGGCGUACGAGUCGCUCAUCCUGGACGCGCUCAAGGGUGACCACUCGAACUUUGUCCGCGACGACGAACUUGACGUCGCAUGGAAGAUCUUCACACCAAUCCUCCACUGGAUAGAGGGCAGAAGUGGUCAGGUGCCGAGGCCCGUGUCGUACCCGUACGGCUCGCGCGGACCAAAAGAGCUGGAGGCGUUCAUCCAGAAGUACGGCUACAAGCGUGGAACUGAGGGAUACGCAUGGCCCGUCACCAACUUGGCCGUACUCUGAGCUACUGAGUAAAGACAAAGCAAUACGACUGUGUACAUGUACCCCCUUGGGACGUAGGAAGGAGGAAAGGAAGGCAUAGAAUUAAUUGACUGACGUCCAAUGUACUAAGAAUGCAAGUGACUAUUGGCAUAU